AAAAGGGUGCAUUUACAUGACCUAUUUAGGCAUGGUUCACUCAAUCCAAUUUGCUGGAUUCACAUGACACUGAACACAAUUAACCCAAACCAAGCUGAAGUGCUACAGUAAAGCUAAAAUGCAGUUGACUAAUUUGUGGUUCAGUAAGUUGUGCAAACAUGGCCAUUGGCAAGCUUACUUCAAAAAUGUGGACUUUUUUUGCCUAAUACAAUCAAUGGUAUUGUAUUGCUGCAAGAGCUUUAAGCUUUCAUGUAACAAAUUCAAGAGAAUGUCAGUAUGCAGCAAUAAAACAAGCAAAGUCUCCAGGUCCUUUAAAUUACAAGCUUUUGCAUAUUAGUUCACAGCACUAAAAUGGAGUGGUUGAUGAAAGCUUAUACCUAACGCAGGGGGGCCAAGAGUACAGUAUUUUUAAACUUUCCCCUAAUAUGAGGUCUUUUUCUCACUACCAAAUUUCCCUUUGUAUUUCUAAUGUAUUAAAUAAAAUAUUUGGUCGUUGGAUUUUGAAAGGAAUAAAAUAUUCCAUUUUUUUUACUCAGUAAGACCAACAAAAUGUUUAAUCCUCAUUCUCCAAUAGUUAAUGAGUUAAAUGCCCCGAGCAAUCCUUUCCCCGUUAUAUUCCUAUGUAACGUUCAGCAGUAGACAAUAGUUCCUGGUUACGGGAAUAAACUAACCAAUAUAAGCAUCGUUAUAGAAGACCUUGCGCUUGAAAGGAUUGGAUUACACAUAAUGAAAAUCUGCUUUGAUGCGGACGAACAGCGACAGAAUUCACGCGACAGAAAUUCAGACGCGGCCAACACUGGGGGGCGGGGGAGGUCUCGGAGAAAGAGGGGCCGGAGCAGCGCAAUUAUCGUUAGACCAGCAUCGUUUUUAAACCCCCAACCCGAAAGGGAGCGCACUUCCGCAAGCAAGGCAGAGAGGAGGAAUUCUACCCUAUUCUCUAUGGAGGUAAUAGAAAUGGCAGUCUUGUCUGCACGGAAAGACAAGUCUAACCGGAAGUCGCGGGUAGAGCUGUGUCCUCAACUUCUAUCUUGGAACGAAGAGCCUUGGCAACAGCAGCGAACAUCAUUCAGCGUCCCCAGGGCAACAAGCGGUCGCCGCCGAGCGUCGCCCGUUGCCGGAAGCGGAAGUAGCCGAACCCUCUUCAAUCGAUAGGAACCCGGAAACUACCCAGGGGAUGGCGGCCGGUCGAAGUUUGAGUCGCUCGGAACGGAAAGCGGCGGCUCGCGCUGAGUUCCUCCGUCAAGAAGAGCAGCGGGAGCGACGGAGGCAGGUCUCCCGAAUCCUGCGCAAACCGCCGGCCGACCGGAGCGCCGACGAGGCGAUGCUUCUGUCUGGAUGUCAAGAGAUGGUGCGGGAUCUGGAGCGGCUUCGCAAGAAGCGGGAGAGACUGCGACGCCGGCUAGAGGAGGUGUGUGAUGAGCCUGACGAAUUGAAGAGAAAAGUCAGCAAGCUAUCUGCUGUUGUCCGAGGAGCUAAACAUCUUAUUGUAUAUACAGGAGCUGGCAUAAGUACGGCAGCUUCAAUUCCUGAUUACAGAGGCCCAAAUGGGGUGUGGACAAUGCUCCAAAAAGGGAGAAGUAUCAGGGCUACCGAUCUGAGUGAAGCAGAGCCCACACUCACCCACAUGAGCAUUGCUUGUUUGCACAACAACAAACUGGUGAAGCAUGUAGUGUCUCAAAACUGUGAUGGGCUUCACUUGCGCAGUGGCCUCCCUCGAGAAGCCCUGUCUGAGCUGCAUGGAAACAUGUACAUAGAGGUUUGCACAUCUUGCACACCCAAUCGUGAAUAUGUACGAAUAUUUGAUGUGACAGAGCGCACAGCCUUGCAUAGGCAUCAGACUGGGAGAUUAUGCCAUAAAUGUGGAGCACAGCUGAGAGAUACAAUUGUACACUUUGGAGAGAAGGGUAUUUUACAGCAACCCUUGAACUGGGAGGCAGCAACAGAAGCUGCUGGCAAAGCAGACGUGAUCCUUUGCUUGGGGUCUAGCUUGAAGGUUUUGAAAAAGUAUCCACAUUUAUGGUGCAUGAGUAAACCACCCAGACACCGCCCUAAACUCUAUAUUGUAAAUCUCCAGUGGACACCAAAGGAUGAUCUCGCAGUCCUAAAACUUCACGGAAGAUGUGAUGAUGUGAUGAAGUUAUUGAUGGAUGAGUUGGGACUUCCCAUUCCUUCCUAUGAUAGAAUGAAAGACCCCAUUUUUUCUCUGGCUGUUCCUUUGCAACCUGCAGAAGAAAGCAGUCAUAGCCGAAAACUCGUGGCUCCACCAGCAAGUCUUCAUGAAGUACAACUGGGAGAGGAACAACACAUGCAUCCAGAUCCACCCUCUGGUGGCUGGUUUGGCAGAGGCUGUGCAAAAGGCACAAAGAAGAAAAAGAACUCUUGAUAACAGAUUAAAAAAAAGAUUUUGAGGACCAACUAUAGUUGCUAAAAUCAGGGCAAGAAAUGACAUCUGCACUAGACUUCAUCAGGAUUGCUGGGCUAACUGGAAAAAAACACAGCUGCUAUUUUCAUAGAGAUUUUUUAUAAUUAGCUGACAAGGACCAAAGCUUAGCUUGGGUUUAUGCCAUCUAAGGGGAGGUUGGCUUUUAAUACUCAGGGCUGCCAAUUAACAAUUAUUAAUAAAAUUAUUAUAA